AAUUAAUGAAUUUUUAAUAAUGAUUUAUCAUAUUGAAUGAUUAUAAAAUUUAUAAAAGUAUGGAUACAAAUAAUACACAAACUGAAUACGAUUCAAAAGUGUCAUUUUGGAAAAAGAAUGCAAAAACUGUGCCAGGGAGACCAAGUCCGAAAAAAGAUCAACAUUUAACAAGUACAUUACUAAGGAAUUCGGGUUCAACGAGUUUUAAUGAUUUUCAAGCAUCUGUGAAUGACGCUUGGGAUUUGGAGGAUGAUGAUUUUUGUACGAUAUCUUCGUCAACGACUGAUACAAAAAAAUAUCAUGGUACACAGGGUGGUGCACAAGGUGGUGUUUUGACUGCAACAAGUGAUAAUAUAAAUCCAAGUGUACAUAGUAGUCUGAAAAUAGAUAAUAAAUAUGUGAAAAGUUCUGUACAACAGACACAAAUGACAUCAACAACACGUGAAGUUACUAAGAAACCAACAACAUCGCCUACAAAUACCGAGCCAAUUUAUAAAAAUUUACAAUUUAAGUCACCAAAUAAACGAUGGAAUACAUCUGCGCCUGAGCGUAAUUAUUAUCCAGGACGGCCUCAAGCAUUAUGUUGUCCAGUAUUACCUACACGUGAAGCUGAUUGUGAAUUAAAAUUAGAAAAAUUUGAAACAUUAUUGAAUUCUGUGUUGUUAGAUUUAACUGAAUUACGACAAUUAAGCUGGUCUGGAAUUCCUAUAAAAGUGAGAGCCAUUACAUGGCGAUUAUUAUCAGGUUAUUUACCAGCAAAUUUAGAACGAAGAGCAGCUGUAUUAGAAAGAAAACGACUGGACUAUUGGAAUUUAGUGAAACAAUAUUAUGAUACGGAACGUGAUGAAUCAUAUCAGGACACUUAUCGACAAAUACAUAUAGACAUUCCACGAAUGAAUCCAUUAAUACCACUGUUCCAACAAAUCACUGUACAAGAAAUGUUUGAACGGAUAUUAUUUAUAUGGGCGAUACGACAUCCAGCAUCUGGUUAUGUUCAAGGAAUUAAUGAUUUAGUUACACCAUUUUUUGUCGUAUUUUUACAGGAAGUCGUAUCGACAGAAAAUCUUCAAACAUUCGAUAUAAAUAGUUUAGCACGGGAACAAAGGGAUAUUAUUGAAGCAGAUUCAUUUUGGUGUUUGUCAAAAUUUUUAGAUAGUAUACAAGAUAAUUAUAUAUUUGCUCAAUUGGGCAUUCAGCAAAAAGUGAAUCAAUUAAAAGAAUUAAUACAAAGGAUUGAUAGUCAAUUACAUCAACAUUUACAAAAUCAUGAUGUAGAUUAUUUACAAUUCUCAUUCCGUUGGAUAAAUAAUUUAUUAACACGUGAACUUCCAUUACCAUGUACAAUACGUUUAUGGGAUACAUAUUUAGCUGAAUCAGAUGGUUUUGCCACCUUUCAAUUAUAUGUAUGUGCAGCUUUUUUGUUACAUUGGCGAACACAAUUAUUACAGGAACAAGACUUUCAAGGACUACUAUUAAUGCUUCAAAAUUUGCCAACACACAAUUGGACCAAUUCUCAAAUAGGUAUGUUAGUUGCAGAAGCAUAUCGAUUAAAAUUUACAUUUGCUGAUGCUCCAAAUCAUCUCAUAAAUAGUAAAUCAGCGGUUGUAAGAUGACCAAAUAUUUGAGACACAAAACAUCAUAUGUCUCCUAGUCAACAUUUUCAUUAUUUGUUAAUGAGUGCGACUUUUUGCAGUGAUUACAGAAUGAUAUUUUUCAUUAAGCACUAUUUUUAUUUUUUAAAUUAUUCAUUCAAAAAAAAUUUUGUUAAUAAGUUUAAAAAAAAAAAACAACAACAAAAUUUAGAAAUAAUAAUUCUUCACCAAAU